CAUUCCUGGUUUCAGAAAACGUUCUUUAAAUAAAUUUUCAGAUAUUUAUUUGAAUCUUUGAAAUCGGCUCCGAUCUUCUAGCACUACUUUUAAAAGUUGUGUUAAAUUCUGUUCCAGCUGAAGCAGAUGUCUCAGAUUGUUUAUCCCUGUGCAGCUUGCAAGAUUCAACGAAGAAAAUGUGGAGAAAAAUGCAUUCUUGCUCCUUAUUUUCCACCAAACGAUCCUCAAAAAUAUUUAGUAGUGCACAAAUUAUUCGGAACAAAAAGCAUUCUCAGAAUCCUUCAGGGCAUUCCGGUCGAGAAGAGAGCAGAUGCUGUAAUAAGCAUGGUGUAUGAAGCAAAUGCUAGAAGAGAUGAUCCAAUCUACGGUUGCGCUGGUGCAGUUUGUCGACUGCAGAGGCAAAUAUUUCAACUUCACUUACAACUGGCAACCAUUAAAGCAGAGCUCCUCAAUUCACAGGCUAAUCUUGUGUCUCUUGAGACCGGAUUUUGUAAUGGCGGUGACGCUGAAUCGAGUGUUAUCCACAAUAAGGACGACUUACUUUUUUUGCAAGAUGGUGAGAAGCCGAUCAGAAAAUGGUAUUAGCUGUGUAACGGGUUUUGGUUAACUGAAGCCAUGCCUACUUAGGGUUAUUCUAAAAUAUCAUUUAUUUUAAUAAUUAAUACAUUAAU